AUUUUACUUUUUAACUUUUCCUGUUAAUUCAAUUAAUAUAAUCAGUAAAAUGAUUUUUCUAUUCACAAGUUUGAAAUAAGAACUGUUAGUUCUGGCGUUGACAAAAAUAUUUUUAACAAGCCUGCAAUUUAUUAAAUGGAAAAAUGCAUAUGAUAUGUUCGAUAUGUAACGACUUACUAAACCAAACUGAGAGUAUAUAUGCUAUAAAAUGUGGGCAUAUGUUCCAUCAUAAUUGCUUGGCGCAGUGGAUAGCAAGAUCGAAAUCAUGCCCCCAAUGCCGCAACAGGGUGACAGACAAAUGUAUGUUCCGUCUGUACCCUACAAUAUGUAAUGACAACACGGGCGAUGAUGCGGCAACUCUUCAGUCCCGGCUGGACAAUGUUCAGCUGCAGCUGCAUGAACAGAAGAAAGUUUCCAAAGAUAAAGAGGACAAGCUCAAGAGUUUAAAAUCUGAAUUAGCUAUUAAUAAAGAGGUGUUAUCAAGUUGUGAACAAAGGUUGGUACAGCAGGAGUCCGCUAUUUCAGCAUUAAAGGAAUACAACAAUUGUCUUAAAGCUGAAGGUAAAAAAGUAAAAGCAUUACGAGAUGAGAAUCAAAGUCUUAAGAAAAAUAUCAGCACAAUGCAUCGGCUACAAAAAGUAUUGAAUGCAACCAGUAGUGAGGUAGAGACAAUGUUGGAAGGUUAUUCUGAUAUUAAAACUGUUGCAGUUUUUGCAACGGCAUUGAAAAGGGCCUUAUGUGAAUCGGAAGCAAAGAAAAAUGAAUUACGUCAUCGACUUGAUGAAGUCUCCAAGAUGCUUGUCGAAGAAACAAAUAAAGUCGCUGAUGUAAGACAAUCUUUAAGGUCAGCUGAAGACGAAAUCCAAGAACUCCGUCUGAGGGUAAUUCAAGAUCAGAAAAGAGACGCUGAGCAGGCAUUUGGUGUUGAAAAUGAUAUACAAAAUAAGGUGCAAAAGAUUGAUGACGAUGUCAAAAUUGUUGACAGCCCUAGUGUUUCAACUCUAGUGGAUGAGAUAGAGAAUUCCGACUCUCCAUAUCUAAGACUGAAACAGAGCUCGGUAGCUGUGGCCGUGUUGCAGCAGAGAAACCCUCCAGCUGUUAAUAAAACUAUAAAACCAUCGGAAUUUGGUAUCCUCAAGCCAGCGAGGAGAUCAAUAUUAAAGAAAACAUUUAACAAUACAAGUAUAUUCCACAAAAAGGAGUCUACUGGAAUGGACUCUCAACACAAUCAAGAUAUCAACUUAGAUGUAACUUAUGAUGGCCUAGGUGGACACUCUAAGCCUAGACCCUUCCCUGCGACUAGAUCACCUAUUCCAAAGUUACCUAAGUUAACAUCUAAGCACAAACUUAGACGACCAAAUACUACACAUAAGUAAAAUAUUUGAGAUAGUUAUAAGAUGGUGAUUUGUAUUUUGAUGUAAUCAAAGAAAUUAAUUUGCAACCCAACUAUAACAAUAUCACAGAUUUUUUCAUAAGAAAUUAAAUGUUUUGUAAACAAUUUUAGACAAUUUGAACGAAAUUAAAAUAAUUAAUAAUUGUCCAAUGCUCAAAGUUAAGAAAUGAUUAAUUUAAGCAAUGUGUUAUAUAAUAAUUUAAAUAAUUUCAUAAUUGUGUACAUUUUACUAUUGUUAGUCGAUUUUCAUUAUUUUUAUAUUAAUAUAUUAAUAGAGAAUAAGGUUGUUAUAAAUUUAAGCAUGAACUGAAUUUUUUAUAAAGCUUUAAUAACUUAACUGCAUGAUUUACAUAAUUCUUUACAAUCGGUGCUGGCACCAAAGAAAUCAACAAAUAUCUACAAAUAUGUUUGCAGUGAAGGUACAGUUAGGUAAGUAAUUGUGUGUACAAUUCAUUUUAGUAAAGUACUAUUACACUAAAAGGCUAGAUUUGUGUCAAUCAGCUCUGAACUAUCAGAUCACUAACAGGAACUAUUGAGCUACCACUCAGUUAAACUAUAUAUACUAGAGCCGUGCAAGUUGUCCCGACUUGCAGCUCAUGUGAAUUACCUCUAGGUACAAAUUGAGCUGUGACCUAGUUCACUAUAGUGUCUAAAUAAUUUAGAUUAGUUUGGACAAUUCAUUUCAAAUUUAGUAAGGAUGGGUUGUGUAAAAUCAGUCAUGAAUCUUAUCGAUUUUUAUUCUUAUAGAAGUUGGAAUCGAUAGAUUUAUAGUUAUAACUUAUGAACUAAAACAAACACUGUUUUCCCAAAUUAACAUUGAUCAUAACAAAUAAUGAGAGUAAAUAAAUGUUUGUUACUACUACAGCCGUACGUAAUCGAAUUGGAUUUCGCUAUUAUU